CAUACAAGUGCUAUAUUAUGUAGUGGGUCUCUCUCAUUUUGUUUUGCUUUUCUCUCACAUUCUCCAUUGUUACUUCAAUUCCUUCUCUCUUGUCUUUGAGAACGCACACACAAACACAAGGCCAGAUCCCCAAACACAAUCUAUCCAUAUAUAUUGUCCACUCCAUCUUAUCCAUCAAUCAAAUCAACAGCUGAGCGUCAGACAAUCGAAAACAUGUCGUCUUCGGCUGCUUUCUCACCGGACCUCCACCAUCACCACCACCUCCCUCCUCCCUCCGAGCAGCUGUGCUAUGUCCAGUGCAACUUCUGUGAAACCGUCCUAGCGGUGAGUGUUCCUUGCUCCAGUUUGUACGCGACUGUAACGGUUCGAUGCGGGCACUGCACAAAUUAUUUGUCUGUUAACAUGCUUGCUCAUCUUCUUCCUACUGCUGCUGCUGCAAAUCAGCUCCAUCUUGGGCAUAAUUUCUUCUCUCAUCCAAACAUUAUGGAGGAACUGAGAAACAACCCUUCCAACCUGCUGAUCAAUCAACCAAUUCCAGAUCCUUUUGGACCGAUUCGAGUGGAUGAGCUUCUCAAGCCUCCAGCGGUGAAUAGACCUCCAGAGAAGCGCCAAAGAGUUCCUUCUGCUUACAACAGGUUCAUCAAGGAGGAGAUCCAACGGAUCAAAGCAGGAAAUCCUGAUAUAAGUCACAGGGAAGCCUUUAGUGCAGCUGCAAAGAAUUGGGCACAUUUUCCUCACAUCCACUUUGGUCUUAUGCCCGAUCAAACCCAUAAGAACCCCGAUGUGUGCCAACAGGAAGGGGAUGACCUUCGCACGAAAGACACUUUUCUUACAACAGGCAACGUCGGUGUUUCACCGUACUAAGAAAAGUGAGGGCUCAUAUAUAAAUAACUGACGUGGGUUUCUGUGUUUAUCGUACGUAAAUUAUCUUUCUUGUUGUUUUGUUUUAUGUUUAAGAUUGGUUAAUUAAUCAACUAGUUUUAUCAUUAAGUGUUGGUGUGUUUUAAUGGAAGUCUGAAUUGCAAUUAUGUGCUCAUCAAUGGAUGGAUUAUAGUGUGAUUUAGGGUUUUAUGUCA